AUGGGAAAUUGUUUACAAUGCGAUGCAGAAGAUGGGGGGGUUCUCGAGGUUCUGGGAAUAGAUUUCUGUUUCGAUGUCAAUGGUGCCAAUCACCACACGGAGAAGUUUCAUCUGAUGACGAGGACCGAGGACCGGUGCCUCGUGGUGAGGCGAGGACAAGCCUUUAAACUAGACUUACUAUUCAACAGACCGUUUGACGCUAACAAGGAUGCAAUCAUAUUAUUUUUCUACGUUGCAGUCUUACCUUCAGAUGAAAAAUCACGAACUACACCGGAUGAACACUCAGCCGCAGUCCCAAUACUAGAAAGUGGGCCUGGAUCUGUCGGAGGAUGGAGCGCAACCUACGUAGGGCAGGAGAACUCUCUCCUCACGGUGUCAGUGUGUGCAGCCGCCGACUGCAUAGUGGCUGCAUGGAGGUUCGAUAUCGACACCAGGCUCAAUGGAAGUAGUUCACUUACCUACACACAUACACAGCCCAUAUAUAUUCUAUUCAAUCCAUGGUGCAUUGUUGAUAAUGUCUAUAUGCCAGGUGACGGCCACCGUGAUGAGUAUGUGCUAGAUGACGCCGGCUUAAUAUUUAAAGGAGUCUACAAUAAUUUUAAAUCCUUACCUUGGUACUUUGCGCAGUAUGAAAAGGACGUCCUAGACUGUGCGCUUUAUCUUGUCAAAAGAAUAGGAAAGGUAAGAGGACGGGGUAGAGCCGAUCCCAUACGAACUUCACGAGCGCUAUCAGCUGCUGUGAAUGCAUCAGACGACAAUGGCGUUCUUGAAGGAAAUUGGGGCUUAGAACUGAGUGAUUACAGUGGAGGCACGCAUCCGUUGCAAUGGGUUGGAUCUAUGUCCAUUUUACAAGAGUACUUUGCAACCCGUAUGCCGGUUAAGUAUGGCCAGUGUUGGGUGUUUGCUGGAGUUCUUACUUCGGUUUGUCGAGCACUCGGUAUUCCUUGCCGUCCAGUCACAGGCUUUAGGGUGGCCCAUGACACUGAAGGAAGCCUUACCGUAGAUUCAUUUAUAGAUGAUGAAGGCAACGUGGUGGAUAAAACUGCUGAUUCCGUGUGGACUUUUCACGUUUGGAACGAGGUUUGGAUGGACCGUCCGGACUUAGGUGCCGAGUAUGGUGGUUGGCAGGUUUUGGACGCCACUCCACAAGAGCUGUCCAAUAAUAUGUAUCGAUGUGGGCCCGCUUCCUUAAGAGCUAUCAAAGAGGCUGAAUUGCAAAAACCAUAUGAUGCUGGUUACGUCUAUGCGGAAGUCAAUGCGGAUGUGCUGACCUGGAAAUAUUCCGGGGAUGGUCAUCCAUUAAAGUUGUUGUACCGAGAUACUAGCAGUGUUGGUCAAAAUAUUUCUACAAAAGCAAUGGGAAAGAUAGAACGUGAGGAUAUUACAGCUACGUACAAGUACCCAGAGGGGACGCAUGAGGAGCGCGUUAAUAUGGAGAAGGCACUGAAUAAGUCUCACAGCAUCUUUGCGAAGUAUUACCUUAACGAUGACUUCAAUGACGUCACCUUCAACCUAGAGCUGCACGAACCCAUCACCAUUGGAGAGAGUUUCAGUGUAGUUCUUCAAAUGAGAAACAAAUCAAAUACCGAUUCUCAUCUAGUAAAUAUUGUUUUGCGCGUGGAUACCGUAACUCAAAAGGGUGUGAGCGUUCGAGAAGUCAAGUCAUUUAAAUAUCAAUCGAUAAUCUAUCCCAAAAGCAAAGAGACCACUAAGAUGCCCGUCUCCUUCGAAGAUUACUAUGAAAAACUGGUUGAUCAUGCGUCGUUUAAGGUCGCAUGUCUCGCGACCAUUGUAGAUAAAAACUUUCACUUCUAUGCGUAUGAUGACUUCCAAGUGCGGAACCCUGACAUCGAAAUUAACAUUGCUGAAAGUUCAACGUCGCGUCAAGAGUUUGUGGUUUCGGCAAAACUCGUGAACCCACUACCCAUUCCACUCACCAAUGGCUCAUUUUAUAUUGAAGGACCUGGGCUUGAAAAACCACUGAAGAUUAAAAUAAAGGAGAAUAUCUCGCCAGGUGACUCUGUGACUGUAACAAAUAAACUGAUUCCGCCCUGGGCUGGUCGCCAUCAGAUCUCUGCGAAGUUCACCUCAAAGGAAAUACAUGACGUUCAUGGAUUUCUGUCAUUCUCCAUCGCACCACCGACAGACAACAAUAGGAGACCUUUCCGUAUUGUCCAUUCUGUAUAAAUUGUUAUUACUUAUGUUAUUUUUAUAUUUAAAAUAGGUUAGUGGUCAUUUUUAAGCCACUUGUGCUAAACUUCUAUGUUAUAUUAAUUAAUUCCUAUAUUCAAAAUACUAAAAUGUCUUUAAACGGGAUCAAA